AUGACGAUCAGAGCCGCCAAGUUUACGCCCAAGGUGCUCCUUGAAGCACCUCGGAGAUCUCAAGGCUCUCCAAACUCGGAUGCAUCAAAGAUUCUGUAUUCUGUGUCGACUUAUUCUUUCUCUGAGCACGAAAAGAAAUCUGAGAUUCGUCUUUUGGACGUUGAAAGUCAACAGACUAGCCUGGUGACGGAUGACAAGGCUUUCAGCGAGCCUACGUGGCUUGACGAUGAGACGGUGCUUUUGUUGAAGUCGAAUGAAGAUGGCACAACAGAGCUGGUCAUCGGGUCACCAGAGAACUUUGAGAAAAAUAAAUACACAGCUGGUACUUUAGAAGGCCCAGUCAGCGAUUCCAAGACCUACCCACUCGGCAAUGGCACAUAUGCGCUGGCACUUGUCGGUAAGGCAAAACCAGAUGGUACGCUGUUCAAUCCAGAAAAGGUUGAAAAGUCGCAUACAUCAGGAAAGCUGUACAAAUCUGGCUUCGUCCGCCACUGGGAUCAUUAUGUGACUGAGAACCGCAACGCAAUAUGGCUUGGCAAGUUGAGCGUGGAGAAAUCGGAAAGCUCAACAGUUCUGAAGUUGGAGCAGCCGUUCAAGAACGCACUCAAGGGUACCUCUUUCGAGAGCCCAAUUGAGCCAUUUGGAGGCAAAGAUCACUUUGACAUCUCGAAGAAUGGUCUUGUUUUUACCUCGAAAGACCCUGAUCUCAACCCAGCUACCCAUACCAAGACCAACAUUUAUGUUUCCGGAGCCGAAGGAUUCUGGGAUGACUUGCAUUCAAAGGACAUUCCUGAAAUCAAAAAGACUACGAUUGAAGGUUUCGAAGGCGCGAGCACUUCUCCAGUCUGGUCAAACUCUGGCAAAAUGAUUGCAUUCUUGUCCAUGAAGACUGAUGGAUACGAGUCAGACAAGAACCAAGCAUUCAUCAUCCACGAUUACAAGGAUCCAUCACGAGUUACUCUUCUUUACGCUUCGGAAGAUGGCAAGGGCAAAUGGGAUCAAAGUCCGCAAUCGAUAGCUUGGAGUCCUGAUGAUUGGCACCUCUACUUCACAGCGGAGGCGCACGGUCGUGGGAAUCUGUACAGUGCUGGUCCUCCCAAGCCAGGUAGUGAGAAAGAACCUCUCCCCUCACUUCUUGUGAGAGGUGGAACUAUUGGCGGUGCCCAGGUCCUCAACAAUGGCGAUUUAUUUGUCACUUCUACUAGCCUGAUCGAGAACUCUUUGUACUCGCUAGUACCCCUAAGCACUCGUCCCAAUAGCGUGGAUACAUACAAUCUGCCUAUUGAUGACCGACCGUACGACUCGGAUCCCGACAAUCUCACUACCAAGUACAUUUCUUCCAAUACACGCUCAGGCUCCAUGUUUGGAUUAUCGCGUCAUCAAAUCGACGAGAUUCACUGGGACGGCGCGGCUAAGGAUACCAAGGUCCAUGCUUGGGUCAUAAAGCCCAGUAACUUUUCAUCCAAAGAGAAGUAUCCACUGGCAUACCUGGUCCACGGUGGGCCACAAGGCGCGUGGACCGACGGAUGGAGCACACGAUGGAAUCCUGCUGUAUUUGCUGAGCAAGGCUACGUCGUCAUCUGUCCAAACCCCACGGGUAGCACGAGCUACGGCCAAGCCUUUACUGAUGCCAUCCAAGGCCAGUGGGGUGGACUGCCCUACCAAGACCUCGAGUUGGGAUUCGAAUACAUCAAGUCCAAUGUCAGCUAUGUCGACACAGAUCGCACUGUUGCUCUUGGUGCUUCAUACGGCGGUUACAUGAUGAACUGGAUACAAGGCCACGAUCUAGGCCGCAAGUUCAAAGCCCUUGUAACUCACGACGGCGUCUUCAGCAUGCACGGCCAGAUGUCUUCUGAAGAACUCUACUUCCCCUUCCACGAUCUCAAAGGCACCCUCUGGGGUAACCCUGACGGCUGGGAUAAGUGGGAUCCAAGCAAGUUUACGAAGGACUGGGCUACACCGCAGCUUAUCAUCCACAGCGAGUUGGAUUACAGACUGACGAUUAGUGAGGGGUUGGCAGCAUUCAAUGUGUUGCAGAGCAAAGGGAUUGAGAGCCAAUUCUUGACCUUCCCAGACGAGAACCAUUGGGUGCUUAAGCCAGAGAACAGUCUGAUGUGGCAUGAGGUUGUAUUUGAUUGGAUCAAUGAGCAUGUGGGAUUGGAGAAGUACACGGAGAGCGAAAAGGCGAGCAAGAGGGUGUAA